AUGAGCCCAGCGACCGCCGGCGAGCCCAAGCUGCCGCGUGGCAGCCGCGAGACGGCCGCCCUGCUCCGUGCGAAUGGCUAUGGCGUGCUGAACCAGGAGAAGCUGCGGCACAAGCACGAUGUCCCAGCAGGCGCGCCCCAGCAGGCGCCCCCCCAGCAGCAGCAGCAGCAACGCCACGUGCGGGUAAUGGAGCCGCCCGUUGCGCAGGCCGCGCGGCGCCCUGCCGACAAGCGCAAGCAUGCGGAGCCAUCUUCCUCGGAGGAUGAGCGCCCUGUACGCUCCACCCGCAGCGGGGGCGCGCAGCAGCAGCCUCACGCGCUGCAGGGGGGCGGCAUGAAGCGUGUCCGCAGCUCCUGGAAGAUGCGCCCACUGCUCGUAGACGAGAAGCUGGCUGUGUUUCUAGAGGGGCAGGAUGACGCUCUGCUGCACUAUGAUGGCGGCGAGUUCUACCAGUGGCUGCGAGACUGCGAGGCCGGCAAGGCUGACCCCGCCGAGGGCUUCCCCUACCCCUUAGUGGUGCAAGACAAGGAUCUGCGCACGCUGCUGGAGAUCAAGCAGCCGGAGCAGCAGCCUGCCGCCGAGCUGCGGCAGGUGGUGGCGCCAGCGGCAGCAGGCGGCGCCGCAGAUGAGCGCAUUAUCGUACCCACGGUGCGGAUGCUGCCUGCAACGGAGCAGCCCGAUCUUCUGGUUCGCGAGCAGGAGCCACCCGUGGUGCAGCGCAUGCUAGCUCUAGAGCAGCCAGAUGUGGCGGGUACCUCGGCGGCGGCGCUGGCGGCCUCUGCCGCUUGGCAAUCUGCUGAACUCGCUGUGGCGUUGGACCUGCCCUACAUCCGCUACGUGCAGCCCACUCCCGAUGAUCUGGACCUGGCUGUUGAAUUCAACCUGGACGAGGAUGAUGAGGAGUGGCUAGCGCAGUACAAUGUCGAGGCCAAGCGUGCCAAGAGCCGCAAAGGGCGCCGCACAUUGGGAGAGGAAUGGAUGGAGCACCUGAUAGACCGCAUGGAGAAGGAGUACACAGCGGAGCUGCAGAGGCACCCCGGCAAAUGGGUGGUGCAAGCUGCCGAUCCCAGUGCAACCGACCAGCCUCCCAACAUCUCCAUCCCCUCUAUCGACGAGGUGUUCCCCCUGGAGAAGUGCCUGCAGGUGCCUGGCAUCAAUCACUAUGAGAAUGUCAUUGUGGCAGUGUACGAUUACUGGAAGGCCAAGCACGAGCGUGCAGGGCGCCCUCUGAUCCAGCGCCUGUGGUAUGAGCCACCCUGGGACCGCAAGAAGGCAGCGCAGCGCCUGGCCAGUAAUGCGGACGACGGCGAGGGCGGUGUCGGCGAGGACGGGCCAUUCUGGGCGCAAGACUCGCCGGUGGCUCUGGCGGGCAUCCGUAAGCGGCGCAUGGACCCCGACGAAGCCAAGGCGCGAUUUCAGGAAAUAAGGCGCGACCUAGAAUCUGCCCGCACGCUUGCUGACCAGAUUCGCAAGCGUGAAAAGCUCAAACGACGCGAGCUGCAGCUGUACAAGGAGGAAUGGGCAGCACGCAUGCAGGCGAUUCGGGACGGUGCAGAGCGCGUGGUAGUGCAGCAAGGCAGGGUGAAGGACCCGCCCGCCCAGCUGUCAGCUGUAUGGCGCAUGGAGGCUGCGGGAGCAGGCUUACUGCCUGAGUACAGCGACGAGCUGGAUGAGGACCAUGUAGCUGUGGGGGCACCGCAGGAUGCAGCAGCGCAGGCAGAGGAACGUGCGGUGAGGCUGGCCCAGCGGCGCUUGGCGCGCGACGUCGCAGUGGUGGUGCCGCUGGCCCGCGCUCCCGCGCAGCAGCAGCAGCAGCCUGGCCGAGCGGCAGCCGCCCCUGCAAGCCCCAUUCUCAGCCAAGGCGGCAACGUGCGCGGGCCGCCUGCCGCACCUGGUGUGCGGCGCGUGCGGACGUGCAUAUGGUGCAACAGCGACGAGUUCCUCAUGCUGGGCUGCGCCUCCUGCCCCCGGUGCUUCUGCUUCAAGUGCUUCCAGCGGCGCCCAGGCCUGGGCAUCAACAACUGGAGCAGGGCAGUCAAGGAUCCCCGCUACACUUGCGUCAUCUGCCGCGGCCUCGAGGUGGAGGAUGCGCCGUCAGCCAACACAGCAGACGUACUGCCGGCAGUGGAUGCAGCAGAUGCUACUUCGCCCCGGCGUCGUGGGCAGCAGCACGCGCGGCGGCAGGCGCAGCAGCAGCAGCAGCAGCAGGCAGCAGACCGCGCCGAGCUGCUGGAUGAUGCCCAGCAGCUGGGAGUGGAAAUUCCCAAGGGCCUUGGCGGCGCAGCGCUGCGGUCCUACCUGCUGAAGCGCCAGCGGGAGGUUGAGGAGCAUGGGGCCGACAGCAGCAGCCAGGAAGAAGAGGCGGAUCAGCAGCAGCAGCAGCAGCAUGGACAUUUGCGUGGAAGGCCCCCUCGUGCAGUUGCUGGUGCAGCAGCGCAUGCCACGCAUGGGCGUGCACGCCGGCAGCAGCGACUUGGUGCUAGCAGUGGCAGCAGCGAGAGCGGCGUGGAUGAGGAACAGCGGCGUCCCAAACAGCGCAAGCUUGGCGGGGCAGCCCUGGCCUCGCAUCUGCGCCGUUUGGAGCAGCGGCGGCAGCAGCGGCAGCAGCAGCACGCAUCAGACCAUGAACAGGCAAGCUUUGGCGCUGCAGAGGAAGAUGGUUGGCCCUACAACCACAUCCCCGCUCCUCCCCGCAAGCUGGGGGGCGCCGCGCUGAAGAGCUACAUUCGGCGCCAGGAGCUGCUCCUCGAGGAACCGGAUGGGUCUGACAGCGAGCAACCUGCUACCAGUGGGCAGCCGUUGACAGCAGCAGAAGAGUGGCCUUUUGCCCACAUCCCGCCGCCUCCUCGCAAGCUGGGUGGCGCAGCCCUGCGCUCCUACAUCAAGCGCCAAGAGCUGCUGCUGGCAGAGCAGCAGGGCAGCGAUGCAGAAGGCGGCCGCGAGCACCAGGAGGCGACCUCUGAUAGCGAACAGCCGUCAAGCAGCCACGGAGUCGCAGCAGCAGCAGAUGAGGCCUGGCCCUACACCCACAUCCCCGCUCCUCCGCGCAAGCUGGGUGGUGCCGCGCUGAAGAGCUACAUACGGCGCCAGGAGCAGCUGCUGGAGGAGCAGGACGGUGGCAGCGAGCCCUCUGGCAGCAGCAGCGGCACUGCGGAGGAGUUUGGCGCUAGCAGCAGCGAGGAUGAGGGACCCGCAACCCGGCACGGCGGCAGCAGCGACGAAGAGCGGUCCGACCACAAGGAGAACCUUGCGCCGCCGACCAAGCGGCACCGCGCCCUGGGCGGCGCCGCUCUGGCUGCCCACUUGCGCAAGCAGUCGCUGGCAGCAGCUAUGUCCCAAGGGCGGCGGCCUGGUCCCAGCGCCGCUGCAAGUGGCAGGCGUGCCAGCCGCGAUGCGCAUGGGCUGCUGGAGCAGGCAAGGCGGCUGCAGGCACGGCGCAACUGA